UCGUAAACUUGUUUGGUCCAGCGAAAGGGUCGCAAAGAUUGCUUCUGUGUUCAAUAUUUAAUCUUCAACUAGCCAGCAAGCCUGCAUUAAGAUGGCCACGGUAGAUGGAGCACGUGAAAAAGCACUUGAAGACUACCGGAAGAAGCUGCUCGAGCACAAAGAGGUCGAAUCUCGGCUGAAAGAAAUAAGAGAAUCGUUGAAAGAGCUCACGAAACAGUUCGACAAGUCUGAAAAUGAUCUGAAGGCACUCCAAAGCGUCGGUCAGAUUGUGGGUGAGGUGUUGAAACAACUGACGGAAGAUAAAUUUAUCGUGAAGGCAACUAAUGGCCCCCGGUACGUGGUGGGUUGCCGCCGGCAGCUGGACAAAUCAAAGCUUAAACCGGGCACCCGUGUAGCCCUGGACAUGACGACGCUGACCAUUAUGCGCUACCUGCCUCGUGAAGUGGACCCGCUGGUGUACAAUAUGUCGCACGAAGAUCCGGGUGAGGUGACGUAUUCGGCCAUCGGUGGGCUUUCGGAGCAGAUCCGUGAGCUGCGCGAGGUAAUCGAGUUGCCCCUGCUGAACCCGGAGUUGUUCCUGCGCGUAGGAAUAACCCCACCCAAGGGAUGCCUGCUGUACGGGCCGCCCGGAACGGGCAAAACUCUUCUAGCGCGUGCCGUUGCGUCGCAGCUCGAUGCAAACUUUCUGAAGGUCGUCUCAUCGGCCAUCGUCGACAAGUACAUUGGCGAGUCCGCCCGUUUGAUUCGCGAAAUGUUCAACUAUGCACGCGACCACCAGCCGUGCAUUAUCUUUAUGGACGAAAUCGAUGCCAUCGGUGGCCGGCGGUUCUCCGAGGGUACAUCGGCCGAUCGUGAAAUUCAGCGCACGCUAAUGGAGCUGCUCAACCAGAUGGAUGGCUUCGAUUCGCUGGGCCAGGUGAAGAUGAUCAUGGCCACUAACCGGCCCGACACGCUCGAUCCGGCUUUGUUGCGUCCGGGUCGUUUGGAUAGGAAGAUCGAGAUUCCGCUACCGAAUGAGCAGGCGCGGCUGGAGAUUCUGAAAAUUCAUGCCGCGCCGAUCGCGAAACACGGCGAUAUUGAUUACGAGGCGGUGGUGAAGCUUUCGGACAACUUUAACGGUGCCGAUUUGCGCAACGUGUGCACCGAGGCGGGCUUGUUUGCGAUCCGUGCCGAACGGGAGUACGUGAUUCAGGAAGAUUUUAUGAAAGCGGUCCGCAAGGUGGCGGAUAACAAGCGGCUGGAGAGCAAGCUGGACUACAAGCCGGUGUAAGAUCGAUGUCGAUGAACCCGAAGCGUCACCCUAAGUUCCAUUUAGCCACCUUUACUUUAUUUUUUGCCUAUGUUUCGGCUACACCAUCAACCGCUUUCUACAGUCGUAAUAAAACCGUAUGGGAAA